AUGUCGUUGGAAGUCGUACCGAUCGAACACAUCCCCUCAUCGUAUACGGUGUACCUCGCCCUGUUCCGGGAUGUUCAGAACGCUGCCUUUCUGCAUCAGCAACUCCUGGAUCGUAAUGCCGAAUUUGAAUAUGCGUUUGUCGAUGCAUCUGUGGUAAUCUCCCGUCGCCAGCUUCUUUCUGCGGUGUUCAAAGCUGUCACUACGGCUGUAAAUGAUUCUCUGAAAACUCCCAAUGUGCAUUCCGAGAUAGUGAUCUCCUUGAAUCCCUCCAAUAAUAUUGCCGACUCAUACCGCCGAUUCGGAAUUACACCGUCAACGAAGAAUCUUCUCGUCGUUAAGGUUACAAAUUCAUUAGAGUCUUUGACCACUCCAUCGCGAGACAGCAUCCGAAGCCAUAUGACAGCCAAUAUCGACGGAGUGUCAGUUCCUGCCACUGAUUCCAACAUCAAUGCUACGACAGAUCUUGCCAAAGUUCAGAAGUACUAUAAACUCAACAGUAUAAGCUGGCUGGAAGCUACCAAAGACGAAAAAACCAAGCGCUCAGAACUCGACACUCUCGUGAUUAGCUCUAUUGCAUUACGUGGACUUUGA